AUGGGCGCUUCCAAAUACCAACAUGUUCCCCAGCGGGACUCCUUAGACGAGGCCGCACCCGCUCUCUCGUACACGCAGCCGCCACCUAGCUACGAGGCUGCUGCGGACCCCCAAGAAGCGCUCCUACACGGCGUAGCGCGUGAGGAGAAUGACAACCUUCCUGAUGAUUUCAAGUUUGGGGGUGUGGUCGCAGAGGCGACGCUGGAUAUUCGGAUGGCUUUUAUCCGCAAGGUGUAUGCUAUUUUGACGGUCCAGCUUUUGGCUACGGCGGCGGUAAGCUUCGUUGCGAUGACAUCGGCCACGUUCAAGCACUGGAUCCAGACGAACGAGUGGAUGAUGUGGGUCUCGAUGCUAGGCACGUUUGUCUUCCUCGGCCUUACGUUUUGGAAGCGCAAGUCGUAUCCGACGAACCUCUUGUUCCUGGCUGGGUUCACAGCGAUGGAGGCCUACUGCGUUUCGCUCAUUGUGUCCUUUACAGACAGCAAGAUUGUGCUGGAAGCCGUCAUCUUCACGCUCGGCAUCUUUGUAGCGCUGAGCUUGUUCGCCUGCCAAACCAAGUACGACUUUAGCGCGUGGCAGCCCUAUCUGUUUGGCAUGAUCUGGGUCGUCAUCCUGUUUGGCUUUAUGAAUGCCUUUUUCCCGUACAAUUCCAAAGUCGAGCUUGGGUAUGGGAUUGUGUGCGCACUCAUCUUCUCGGGCUACAUUUUGUUCGACACGCAGAUGAUUAUGCGACAUUACCAUGUGGAGGAGGAGAUUGCGGCGGCGAUUUCGCUGUACCUGGACAUUCUCAACUUGUUCCUUGCGAUUUUGCGGAUUUUGAAUUCGCAGCAGAAUAACAACUGA